AUGUGGUUGUUAUUGCAUCAUGGAUCACAUAGCUUUGAUGUGAGAGUUACAGAUCACAUGGAAAAGUAUCGUCUUUUGAGGUUGUUUUUGGAUAUUUUUGAGGAAUCUGUUAGGCAGGAUGUGUUUUUACCUAGUACAUUUGCCCUGUUUAUUGAGUCUCCCUGUGGUAGAGUUGAGUUGGUAGAUGAUAAGACAAUGAAGCUAAUGUGGGGAUGGAAUUGGGGUAAGGACACUGCUGAAAUAUGGGUUGAGGGUACAAACAAACCAGGAGUGGUGUUUAGAAAUGUUGUUGCCACAAUUGAGCAUCAUAGGAAGGAGAGUGAGAGAAAGCUCAAAGAGAGACAAGAUGAACUUCUUAGGGCUCAAAGAAAGGAGGAAGAGGAAAUGAGGAAAAAACAGGAGAGAGAGGACAUUUUAAGGGAACUUCAGGAACAAAUGGAGUACACAGUAGCUGUGGAGGUGCCUGUGGUUGAUUGUGAGGACUUAAGCACUGAGUAUGUGAGGAUUAUAAGCAAGGAUGGUGCUGAUGAGGUGUUUCCAGGAGCCUCUCAACCACAACCCACACAAGAAUCUUCACCCUACAAAAAACCUUCUUCUCCUAAACCAAAACAAAAGGCCAAAGUCAAGCCAACUACUCCAAAAGCUCCUAAGGUUCCUAAAGCUCCUAAGGUUCCUAAAGCCAAGAAACUGACCCCUAAGAGGAGACCCUCUUCAUCAGCUCCCAAUCCACCACCACAACAUCCCACACCACCACCACAACAGCCCACACCAAAGGAGAAACAAUCAAUCCCACCACAUCAACCCACCCCAACUAAAAAACAGGCCACACCAAAGGCAAAAAAACCCACCCCACCAACAAAAAAGCCCACCUCAACACCACAGCAACCCACCCCAACUCCAGAACAAUCAAUCCCACCAGCACAGCAACCCACCCCAACAACACAUCAGCCCAUCCCACCACCACAGCAACCCAACCCAUCACCACAAACACACCAUUUGUGA